GGUUGGCUGGAAAACCAGAAAACUCAAAGGAACUCGUGCUACUCCUAUACCCUCCAUGGAUGUAGCUGCAAUCUUUUGUUUCCUGCUUGUUCUGAUCACCACCACGACCACCAUUUCGUCCUCUGCUUAUGCUGCACAAACCAAUGGCGCGUGCUUUCCAUAUGAGAGGGAUGCACUGCUUUCCUUCAAGUCUGGCAUCCAAAGCGAUCCGCAGAAGCUCCUUGCUUCUUGGAAUGGCGAUGACUGCUGCCGGUGGACUGGUGUCAACUGCAGCUACAGCACGGGCCAUGUUCUCAAGAUCGACCUCCGCAACAGUUUCUUCCUGGAUGAUCUACUUCAUCCUCCGAUACACUCCGAGUAUCCUCAUGGGAUGCGUGGGAAGAUAAGCUCUUCUUUACUUGCUCUGCAUCAUCUGGAGUAUCUUGACCUCAGCGGGAAUCUUCUGGGGGGAGAAGCGGUACAGAUACCGAGAUUCUUGGGCUCAUUGCCGAACUUGGUUUAUCUCAACCUCUCCUCCACGGAUUUCAGUGGUAGAGUGCCUCCUCAUCUUGGUAACCUCUCUAAACUGCAAUAUCUUGAUAUUGACACCACUUGGAAUGAUGAAGAAAAUAAUAUGCAUAGUGAGGACAUCUCAUGGCUAGCACGUCUCCCUUUGCUAGUGUUUCUCGACAUGAGUGGUGUGAAUCUCAGUAUAACCGGCGAUUGGGUUCAAGUGCUUAACAAGCUUUCUAAUUUAAGAGUCCUUCGUCUCCAUGCGUGCCAACUGCCUUUUCCAUAUCCAGCUAUUGUGGAUUCUAACCUCACAUCACUUGAGAUAGUAGAUCUAUCAGACAAUAGAAUCAACACCUUGAAUCCCAGCUACUGGUUCUGGCAUGCUAGUACCAUCAGGCAUCUUGACCUAAUGAACAAUAUGAUUGUUGGGCCACUUCCAGGUGCCAUGGGCAACAUGACUUCCCUUGAAGUACUUAACCUCGGAGGCAAUCAUCUUAGUGAUGUAAAGGCGAAACCACUCGAAAAUCUAUGCAAUUUGAGGGAGCUAACAUUGUGGUCAAAUAAGAUCAAUCAAGAUAUGGCAGAAUUUUUAGAUGGGCUCCCUCCUUGUGCAUGGAGUAAGUUAGAGUUGCUAGAUCUAUCUACAACCAAUAUCAGUGGGGAAAUUCCGAACUGGAUAAAUCGAUGGACUAAUCUGAGCAUUCUUCAACUCUCCUCUAACAUGCUUGUGGGGUCAAUACCUCUGGAAAUUGGUAUGCCCAGCAAACUCAGGACACUGGAUCUAGAUGGCAACCACCUCAAUGGGUCCAUAUCAGAGGAACACUUAGCCAGCCUAGUGAAUCUGGAGGAGUUAGAUUUAUCAUACAAUUCCGUCCAAAUGGUGAUCAACUUGAGUUGGAUUCCUCCUUUUAAGUUGCGGAUGGCUUAUUUCCCCCAUUGCCAAACGGGGCCUUAUUUUCCUUUAUGGCUUCAAGGGCAAAGGGAUCUUAUUUACCUUGACAUUUCUGACACAGGCAUAGUUGAUUAUCUCCCAGAUUGGUUUUGGUCUGUGUUUUCGAAUACUACAUACCUAAACAUCUCUUGUAACCAAAUUAGUGGAAAGUUACCAAGGACACUGGAGUUUAUGUCUUCAGCUUUAAUAUUUGAUUUCAACUCCAACAACCUGACAGGUAUUCUACCCCAGUUGCCAAGGUAUCUGCAAGAACUUGACAUUUCCAAGAACUCACUGUCAGGGCCAUUACCAACGAAAUUUGGGGCUCCGUACCUUCUGGAUUUAUUACUUUCUGAAAACAAAAUCACUGGGACUAUUCCAUCAUAUAUUUGUCAACUACAGUUUUUAUGUGUUUUGGAUCUGGCAAAAAACCAUCUAGUUGGACAGCUUCCCCUAUGUUUUGAUGGAUCAAAAGAAACCCAGAACAAAUCCAUGUUAGCUCUGGUCUUGUACGAAAAUAGCCUGUCUGGAAAUUUUCCUUUGUUUGUGCAAAGUUUCCCUGAGCUGAUUCUACUCGAUCUUGCCCAUAACAAACACAUUGGAGAGCUGCCAACAUGGAUAGCAAAAAUGUUGCCACAAUUGUCUUAUCUCCGGUUGCGGAAUAAUAUGUUCUCAGGCUCUAUUCCAGUUCAGCUCAUGGAGCUUGGCCACCUACAGUUCUUGGACCUUGCAUAUAACAGAAUAUCAGGCUCUAUACCUGAGUCACUGGCCAACUUGACAGCAAUGAUCCCUGACCAGGAUCACCAGCAGCCACUGGAAAAUCCUUUAUACUGGAGUUAUGAAAGGCCUUCAUCAGCGUCUGACACAUAUUAUGCGAAAUUUGAUGACAGCCUAGAAGUGGUAUCCAAAGGCCAGUAUCUUGACUACACCAGCAAUGUCGUAUAUAUGGUUGCCCUUGACCUUUCCCACAACAACAUAGUCGGGGAGAUCCCAGAGGAAAUAACAUCUCUUGUUGGAAUGGCAGUAUUGAACCUAUCACAUAAUCAGUUGUCAGGUAAAAUUCCAGAGAAGAUCGGCCAGCUAAGAUCAUUGGAGUCUCUAGAUUUUUCAUGGAAUGAACUCUCCGGCGAAAUACCUUCCAGUUUAUCAGAUAUCACAACGUUAAGCAAGCUCAACCUGUCGUACAACAACCUAUCAGGAAGAAUACCUUCAGGGAAUCAGCUGCAGGCACUAAUCGAUCCAGCUUCUUCGUACUUCGGUAACAGUUACCUGUGUGGACCUCCUCUUUUGAGGAACUGCUCUGCGCCUGAGGUAGCUAGAGGUUAUCAUGAUGGACAUCAGUCAGAUUCAGACGAGAGGUAUUUGUAUCUUGGGAUGGCUGUAGGAUUUGUUCUGAGCCUUUGGAUUGUCUUUGUUACAUUCUUAUUUUCUAGGACAUGGAGAGUUGCUUAUUUUCAAAUGUUUGACAAGCUACUGUACUAGAUACAAACUCUGCGGCCAUAGAUUUUGGUGUUUAGGAAAGGUUUAUACGGAAAAUAAGGAUAUAAUUAACUAUCUGCGUACAAUAUCUGUUACUAACUUGAUGUCUGAACUAUAGUCAUUGUUGUUCCCUGUUGCA